AACCGUUUGAUCCAUGUGCAACCAGCUGGCCCCUCGCUGCUUGCAGAGCGAGCCAUAAUCUUUCUCUGCUCACACGUUAUAUUUAUGUCACCGCCCAGACUGGGAAGCCAUCCAGGGUCACACACAGCUAUCCCCUGCCGGUUUUGUAUUAUGAUUGGGAAGAUGUAAUUCGGACAUGUACUUAUAAGACUUGUAUGUAUCUACAUACAUAUCUGUCAAUGCCCGAGGUGAUCUGGAUCUCUCUGGUUACUUAAUGGCGCCGUGAAGCACUUAAGACUAGCACCGUCUCUCCUCAGUCUCUUUCUUUCCUCGCAUCGUAUUCCACUUUCCUUCCAAAAUGUCCACAGACUCUUUCCAGCCUCCCAUCCAGCUCAAAGGCGAAAUCAUGGACCUCGACUUCACCGUAGACACCGACCACAGAAAGAGGAGACGCAAUCGCACCACACAGUCCUGUCUCAACUGCCACACCUCAAAGCGCAAAUGCGAUAGAAAACGGCCUUGCCAGCGUUGCAUUCAGCUCGGUCUGACUGGCUUGUGCGUGUAUGAGAUAGAUGACCCAGCGUUGAGGGACGAUCCCUCUGUAGAUGAAAAUACCCGCCUUCGUAAUAGAAUCGCAGAAUUAGAGAGCCUGGUUAGAGAAUUACGGGGCAAGCCUCAUCCCCGCUGGGCUGAUGCCAACUUUCGAGACGGCGACCCCUCCGAACGCUGGCACUCUCGAGCGGCAAAGAACAAUAUGUUAAAACGCCGGGGUCGUUCGCCAGAUCAACCCCAUGGCCAGCCCAACAUGGAGGUUCGCGGUCUCGUCGCCGCCUCUGUCAAAACAGAACCACCAGCCGACAUCUCCCAGCAACACCUCUACCGGUUCUCGCCUUCGCCUCCAAUGUGCUACAGCGGUUUCCAGUCAGAUAACUCGACCUCGCCAGUCUCGCCAUACGAGCGUCAAACCUCGCAGCAUCACUUUAGCAACGGGAGUGGCCCUUCGGGAGGGCGUUCCGCCAUGACGUACUCGGCGCCUUCAUAUCCAAAUCAUCACAAUGCCAGCUCAGCCUCGUUUUCAGAUAAUGGGAAUGGUUUCUCUUUGAAUGACGAGAGGGUGUUGUAUGCCCACCACUUCACUGCAGAUAACCCCCCAGCCCAGACCUUCUGCCCCUGCCGUACAAAUCCUGCUGCUGGUCACGCCUUGAUCUCACUGACACAUCAACUACAAAAUACGCUGAGCUCGUUGCGACAGUACACCCAACAUCCCUCGAACACGCAGUGUCAGCUCUACAGGCGAAUCGUCGAGCUGAACGACAUGAUGCAAAUCAGUGGCAAUGAGCUAGAAGAGGUAGCAGGGUCACCAUACGGCACGCUUCCCACACCAACGGAAAGUGAUAUAAUGUCUAGCCACUCGUCCUCUUCAAGUACCCCAUUUCAUGGAUCCUCCGCUGGGGCUUCUGCUCCUGACUGGAACGCAAUGACCUCCGCCGCCGGAUAUAACCCUUAUUUCCCCAUAUCAUCGGGUGAACAGAAUUUGUAUAGUAAUGUCAUCACAUGAGCAGGUGAUCCGCUGAUCCUGGACACCUGCACUCAUUCAGUUUAGCCACCGAAACCUUGGACGAUUAGAGAUUCCACGGAAUAUUCUAUGUACAUCACGCGGGCUGUGGUGGCCUCCGGGCUGCUUGUACUUUCUCUCCGUCCUGUCCUAUAGAGUCGCAUGUUAUACAUUGUAUACUACACAAGUUUUUUUUGGCUGCUUAACUAUCUAUACACGGAUUUGCUACAUAGGUGUCCCACUACUAAUUGACGGGUAGAUCGAACCGGAAAACACGUUGUGAUUGAGGAUCAGACAGUGUUACUUUUUUCUCAGCGUCCUGUUUCCAUCUGUCCCUUUCUACGAAAAGCACUUGGCCGUCUCUUUUCACUAAUAUCACAGUUGAAAGGCGAGUACCAUAAAGGUCACGAUGACCAAUAGAGGCUGUUGGGUUGGAGACGAUCGGUAGAGGAUUGACCUGGAUUGUGUUCCGCAACUCCGAACGCUGACGAGGCGCUUCUGGCGAAGUCCAGGUCAAUAGGUCAAACAGUUCCUCGGUGAACUGAUCUUCAGUCCUGUCUGGCAUUGACGUUUCCAGUAUAGCCUUCAGGGAUCGGAUGCCAUGUUGGACUUUAGGCCAUUCAUUAGCUCCUUUGUCUUCGAUGCCGUUCGACAUCCCUCCGCAGUGCCUUUGGGAGCUUGAUAGAGCAUGGGAAGUGAUGAAUCCGCCAGCACCGCGAUUAGUGACAUACGUGCCAUCAAAGGACAGGGGCCGUUGAUUAGAACGUCUUGCAGGUGCUUUGGGGAAUCAGACGUAAGAAAUGAAGAAACGAGGUGACCCCUUGAUGAAGUGAACUUUGCCAGCGGUUCUGUGAUAUUGGUCCAAAACUGCUAUCUUCCCGGUCCGGCUGAGACCCAACCAUGUUCCC